AUGUCCGACAGGAAAAGAAAGGCUGGCUCUCAAGGCAACCCGCGGCCGAGCAAGAAGCCUCAGACUGGGACGAUGGUCAAAGUCACGCACCAUAAGGGCCCCAACAUUGCGAGGCCUACUAUAGGUAAGUCUACUUUCGAUAGUGUUCCUGGUCGAUGUCUAACAGUACCAGCAAGCUGUCCAGGUAGCAGCUUGCCUUCAAACAUCAAGUUCGAAACCUAUGCCACGAGAUCCGAUCCACGGGUACUCCUCCAUUCAUCAGAUCACGAUACGAUCGACUUCACCGCCGUUGAGACUCGGACUACCAGCUCGACGGAGUCUCACAUGAAGCAUUAUGUCGCUGUAUAUGAUCCGACUACAAGCCAUCUCACGGUUAUGGAGGCAAGAAAGGUAGCAGCCCGCGCACAAGUCAGGCAGUUCGAGAAACAGACGGACGACGACCAUGAAGAAAAUGCGGCCGCUCCAACACCCGGCUAUGCUUCGCGGGCUGCUCUCACAGAAGCUUUCGGCACGAAGAAGUCCAAGAAGGCCGUUCAGUCAAUAGCAGAGAACCGUCUCUUUGCUCUUGGUGGUAGCGAUGCCGAUCCGCUGUCACACGCAAUCCAUUCCACUGUUGCGAUCGAUGAUGAUGGCGAUAUCGAUACCCAAGAGCCUGUGCGGUCCAACAAACCUCUGCCCACGGCAAACCUAAACACCGAAGAUAUCAGAGAAGUCUACCCCGUAUCCUCACUUGUAUUCCCUUCCGGCUUGGUCACGCUAGAGUCGAUGCCCAUCGCCUACUGGCGCGACCGCGCAAGCAAUAAUAAGGCCAUUAAGGGGCUUUCGAACUUUGUCGUCAACCGCAUUGUGCCCCUCCUACACGUGCAAAAGACAACCGCACCAUCGGAGACUCAGGCACAUGCACGCAUUACACAGCAGAUCCAACUUUUGCGAUACCUCGAAUUGCUUCUCCAGAUGCACGUGUACCUAGCCCGGCAGUCUCCGCGCAAGCGCUUCCCUCCCGCCCACCAGUGGCCCGAGGGCACCGUCCAGAGAGAGUUCGAUAUGUCGAUUCUGAAAGGUGUGCUUGACCAUUUCUUCCCCGAGCGGACCGCAAACGCGAAUGCCCUGACCCUCCUCCGAAGCACCAUCCUCGCGAUCAGUCUGCACAUUCCCCCAGCUGGGCGUACACCGGACACCAAUACGCUCGUGGCCGAGCCCACAGAUAUUGCAAGAGAUCUUGCACUGGAUCGCGAAGUCGUCACCAAACUGUAUCGGGAAGUGGGCUGUCGCAUUGCGCCGUUGAGUGACACCGAUAUGAAGGUGUUCAACCUCGACAAGCUCAAAGGCAGAACAGAUGGAGAUGGAGAGCCCUUGAACUUCAAGAAGGUCAAGUUUGCGAAGCUCAAAUUUCCGGUGGAGUUUCCGAAGGUGAGCCAGGGCAGGAGAGAGCGGCGGAGAUAA